UCCCUCUCUCUAACCCUGCUUCCUUCACAUAACUUACAUACGUUGGCCUAGACCUAUCACAGUUCAGUUAGGUCCCCCCAGAUGGGUGCUACGCAGGCUGGGGUGUACCAGAAGUGUUUCUCGGGACAGAGAACUUUGGGUGUUUCCGUUGAACAGUAGGCUAUCUGAGAGACUUUUUACUAUCUAGAUAUUCCCAGGAGAGUGUACUCUCUAUCUCUCUCUGUCUCUCUCUCUCUGUCUCUCUCUCUGUGUUUUGUGUCACUACGCCUGAGCUCAGUGCUUAGGAUUGUAAAGGACAGAACCAUUGGGUUGUGCAGGCAGUGUAAAACUGUGGGUCUGUAAGGGUUUUGCCUUACUGUGACUGUGGGGUGGAUGGCUGAGCUGGUGAGAGUGAGGAAGAAACACCUCCAGAUGCCUAUCUCCAGGCUGAGGUGUAUGGUCAAACAACUGGAGGAGAAAGACGUGAACUUUGAAGAUCUGAAGAAGAACUUGGACUACACAGCAUCCUUACUGGAGGCAGUUUACAUUGAUGGGACCAGACCGGGUCUGGAUGCAGAGGAUGACCUCCAGAAGCUGCACUCUGAUGGCGUGCCCACAGAGGUUACUGAUUGGCUGGCUUCAACCUUCACUCAGAGGGCCCGCCGCCCCGCCCGCCGCUCCGACGACAAACCAAAGUUCCGCAGCAUCGUCCACGCAGUGCAGGCUGGGAUAUUCGUUGAGAGGAUGUUCAGAAGGGCCUACACUGCUGCCAUGCCUGACCAACCUGCAGCAGUAGUUAACUGUCUCCGGGACAUCGACCGGUGGAACUUUGAUGUGUUUGCUCUGAACACUGUCUGCCAUGACCACGCACUACAGACCCUGUUCCUGGAGCUGGUCACACGAUACGGACUCAACAGCAGAUUCAAGAUCCCCAUCUCCUGUCUGAUGUCCUUCUUGGAGAAGCUGGAGAAAGGCUACAGUAAACAUAACAACCCGUACCACAGCAGUGUCCACGCAGCCGACGUCACACAAACCCUCCACUGUCUGCUCCUCCGUACAGGACUAGUGCACUGGUUGACUGAACUGGAGGUCCUGGCGUCACUGUUUGCUGCGGCCAUCCAUGACUACGAACACACUGGAACUACAAACAACUUCCACAUUCACACAAAGUCAGACUUUGCUAUGAUCUACAACGACCGGUCAGUCCAGGAGAGCCAUCACAUCAGUGCUGCGUUCCGUCUUCUCCAAGACGACCAGUCCAACAUCUUCAUGAACCUCUCCAGGGAAGAGUGGAUGGAGCUGCGAGCGCUGGUGAUAGAGAUGGUGUUGGCUACAGACAUGUCGUCUCACCUCGUCCAGGUCAAAGCCAUUAAGGGGUGUCUGCAGCAGCACGAAGGCAUAGACAAACCCAAAGCCCUGUCCCUACUACUGCACACUGCAGACAUCAGCCACCCCUCCAAGCCCUGGGGUCUGCACUCUCGCUGGACCAAAGCCCUCAUAGAAGAGUUCUUCAGACAGGGUGACAGAGAGGCAGAACUAGGUCUUCCUUUCUCUCCACUGUGUGAUCGGAACAGCACCCUAGUCGCAGAGUCGCAGAUAGGUUUCAUAGACUUCAUAGUAGACCCUACGUUCUCCCUACUGACUGACAUGGCUGAGAAGAUAGUAAUUCCCCUGGUGGAAGACAACCCAGGCCCACCAGACCCCUGCAAUCGGCAUAGUAAUCUGUGGAAGGAGAGUUCCAGAGGACUACAGUGGAGCCUGGCUCACUUCACCUCAGAACUGGUCACCUUCAGAUCCACCUGGACACGACACACAGAAGACAACAAGUUCAAAUGGAAGGAGAGCGGCUCUAAUGGUAAUGUGACAGACUUCUACUAA